GCAGUGCGAGCCGUCCCGAUGGUGCCUGAUGUGAGGCCUGCCCUCGACCGCCUGGAAACGCAAGAGACGGCAGAUGGUGAGCUCGCUUCCCGCGAGAGGAGAGGAAUCCUGCCCGAGAGCGAUUCACUAUUACGUAUCACGAGGACCGAGGAAUUUCCGAAAUUAUUUGAGGAUCGAUUUGCCGCCUGUGCUAUCGAUUCUUUCCGAAUAAUUAAAAUUCGCGGAGGGUUAAAAGUUACGUCUGAAGCCACAUCACCCGUCCGUCUCUCCGUCUCUCCGUCUCUCUUAUGUGUUUCUCCGAAUGAUACAAAGCGAUCUGCUCGCGAAGAUUCGACAAUUCGACAAUUCGACCGAUUUCCUCGUUCAACCGCCCGACAACAGGUGCGGGUAUUGGAGAAGGCGGCCACCUGACUUGGAGAGAACACCUUGCGCCUUUCUUCUGCCUACUUCGGGCAGAUCGAGAGACGCGAUAUAUGAGCCUUCGUACUCUCUCACGCAUAAAAUGCUGUUUUUAAUACGUUAGGAUAUCCGCUACACUUUCGCCGAUUAAUUUCUAACUCUCUCUUUUCGCACGAUAAUACGAUAAAAUAUUACAUUUUAUCUUGUUAAACAAGAAAUCUUACUAAGUCUAUUUAAAUAUCAGAUUCGUCAACAGAGUCGAUCGUUAGUAAUUGAAUCGAGGUCAGAAAUCGAAUGAUGUAUGAAUUUCGGCUACUCGUAUCACUCGCUACUUUUGCUCAGAGAAUAGAAUCCUGAUUGUAGCUUCUGAAAAAAUGAUUUGUCCUACGCGAAAGACUUUUGUGUCUUUUAAAAAGUGGAUCGUUAUCUCUUGACCACAGAAGCGACAGAUAAAAACAAGUACAAAAUACAAAGAGGCAAUCCCUUUUUACGGAGCAGCUGUUGGCAGCUGCUCCGUGCGGCACGCGUCGACGGUCACCACGCAUCACGCGAAUCGUUAACACCGGGCCUUAAUUUGAAACCCUUCACCUUACCUUUUCCCUCAGUGCAC